AUGACGUUGUCGGAACUAAGUACGGAAAACGUGUCUGUGCUAGAAGAAACAACAGUCGACCAGCGACCAUUUGUGGUGGUCAUCAAAGCCACUGUGUUUACGAUUAUUAUAUUACUGGCUAUUGGUGGUAAUAUUCUUGUUGUGCUAGCAGUCUGCCUUCACCAACGGCUUCGCGUGCUCACUAACUACUUAGUUGUGUCACUGGCGUGCACGGAUCUGCUAGUAGCUUUAUUUGUAAUGCCGUUCAACGCUAGCAUUGAACUAACAGGCAAGUGGUUAUUUGGUCUCCCGUUUUGCGACGUCUGGAACUCGCUUGACGUGUGUUUCAGUAACGCUUCCUUGCAGCAUCUUUGCUGUAUUGCUGUUGAUAGGUACGUGGCUAUUACACAGCCAUUCGAAUAUCCCAACAAAAUAACCAAGAAACGUAUAUUUCAAAUGAUAUGCGGUGUGUGGAGUUCCUCUUUGUUAAUCUCCUUUGUGCCAAUUCACAUGGGCUGGUAUUCGACUAACGAACACUUGGAAUACAAGAAAACCCACCCCGAAGAAUGUCCAUUCGUAACCAACAAAAUAUAUACCUUAAUUUCGUCCAGUGUGUCGUUCUGGAUACCUUGCAUUAUCAUGAUUUUUACCUAUCUCAAGAUAUUUCUAGUUGCCAGACGUCAAGCGUUGUUGAUUCAGGCAUCGCGGGCCAUCACAUUGGAAUUAUCGGGAGGGGACACUCCGGGAUCAACGCAGCGACUAACAAAGGAACAUAAAGCUGCAAAAACCCUGGGAAUUAUUAUGGGAGCAUUUAUUGCUUGUUGGCUACCGUUCUUUCUGUGGUAUACUACUACGAUGAUAUGCGGGGACGCGUGUCCGUACCCAGAUAUACUUAUUUCUAUACUUUUUUGGAUUGGAUACUGUAACAGCGCUCUAAAUCCCAUCAUCUACGCCUUCUGUAACAGAGACUUUCGCAAAGCAUUUCGUCAUUUACUGGUAGAUGUGUUUUGGAAAGGCCGCCACUGGGGAAGAGACUAUAACUCUUACGCUACAAACGGUAAGAACGAACCCUCUUUUCGCACGCGAUCGCGUUUAAGCUCCACCGACGAGGCCAUGGCCAACCAUACACGUCCAGCCCCGCGUAAAAUACGAACUGGAACUCGUCGAAAGAAACAAAAUCCUAACCCCGGAGUUAAAAAAAGAAUUUUUGAGAUGAAACCUCGAAGAGCCCCCGUGAGGAGCCAAUCUGAGAAUGGCUUUACCGCUCAUUACAAAAGCCUGGACAGUAAUUGUAACAGCUUUAACAGUAACAAUCAACAACAAAUCGAAAUCGAUGUAGAAAGGAAAAGGACGAUGACUAUGUAA